AUGGCAACGCUUUCCAAACAUCACCUCCAACCCCUGGGCCCUAUCCAUCCCCCCAGACUCGGCAGUGCAAGAGCAAACGAAGUCGACGCCCAACCCAUCUUCAUCCCAGUCCACGACCCCCUCGACCAUGAAGCCCCUGCGAUUCUCCACUCACCCCGCGACUACGAUGCCGCCGAAGCCCGCAACUCAGCGGUAAUCCUCGUCAGCGGCGCAGGAGGAGGCGUGAGCGGCCCGUCAGGGAUCUACCCCAGUCUUGCCGAUAAGCUCGCCAUCCUCCUCGGGGUCCAUGUAGUGCGGCUGGACUAUCGAGUCGCCGCGCGCACAGAUUACUGCGUCCCUGACAUCGCAGCUACAAUGGACUAUCUCCAGGAUAAUCACGGGUCCACCCGGUUCGUCGUGGUAGGAUGGAGUUUUGGUGGGUCUCCGUGCUUCACCAUUGCUGCGCAGCAGCCAGAUCGCGUCCUCGGCGUGGCGACUGUGGCCUCACAGACAGCUCAAACGUCCGGCGUGCGCAAACUGUCUCCCCGACCGCUUCUCGUGCUGCAUGGGAGCGGGGACACAUGUCUUCCACAGAGAUGCUCGGAGUCGUUGUACCAGCAGUACGGGGACGACCCGUCUGGCUCCCGUGAGAUCAAGAUUUUCAAGGGCGAUAACCAUGGGCUGUCGAGGAACGCGCCCGAGGCGGAGGGCAUGCUACUGGUUUUUGCGGCAAAGGCACUCGGGCUCGAAGAUGAAUUAACGGCUGCGUCGGUUAGGAUUGCAGCGCAGGACUGGGUGGGCAGUGAAGGGGAGCGCAUGAAGGAGAUGGCCGAGGGGCAUGACUUUGAAGGCGGGGAGGCUCUAAAUCACAAUAGCAUCACCUCACCGCAGGCUCUUUUUGACCAUGUAGAGCGGGAGGAUAGGCAAGGAGGUAGUGGCUUGAGCGGCAUCGCAGGGUCAUAUGAGUUGUAUAGUCUCAGUCAUCGACAACGCAUGGCUCACCUGCCCACUGCUCGGACAUACUUCGCGGAUGCUAUUGCACCAGAAGGCUUCUAUUUGGUAUACAUGACUAUAGUCAGAAAACAAAAAACGGCUAGGAUGUAUCUCAAGCUCGAUCUUUAG